CCUGUUAAAUUGAAAGUCGGCAUGAAAAUUUUUCCUUGACACAAAAUACGUUAAAACUAGUUUUUCACAUAUAGAAACCUAUUUCAUUUACAGUAUUUUAUAGAAUUUCAUCUGAGGUAAAAGAUGGCUUCUGCCCAGCUUUUACGUGAGGAUGGGAACAAGCAUUUUAAGUCAGGUGAUAUAGACAGCGCUAUUUCUUGUUACACACAAGCGUUAGACCUUGGGGACUUGAAGGAAACAGACAAAGCUAUCAUUUACAAAAACAGAGCAGCUUGUCAUCUUAAGAAGGAGAAAUUUUCCGAUGCGGUCCAAGAUGCCACAGCAUCUUUAGACAUUGUUCCUGAUGAUCCAAAAGCAUUAUACAGACGAUGUCAGGCUUAUGAAAAGCUGAACAAAGCAGAGGAGGCCUACAAAGAUGCUGCAGCCCUGAUGAAGUCUGAUCCUAAAAAUACAGCAGUACAGCCUAUAUUGAAAAGACUGAAUCCUAUUAUUCAGGAGAAGGUCAAGGAACAAAGUAGCACAAGUUCAAAGGUUGCUCAGAUGUUUAAUUUUACAUUUGACCCAAAUUGUGAAAAAGAGAAAAGGCUGAAUGCAGCUAAUAAUUUAGUGGUGUUAGCCAAAGAAGAAGCUGGUGCAAAGUUUAUUAGUGAACAGAAUGGUGUAGCUAAACUAAAACAGUUAUUAGAAGAAAGAGACCCUGACAUAAUACAGGCAUCUCUCAGGACAUUGGCUUGUCUGAGCCAGGGUUCAAAAGAUAGAAGCAAACAAAUAUUUGAACAGAUAGAGUUGAAGAGAAUUGGUUUCCUUAUUGCAGAAAAAAAUAACCGUGUUUCAACCUCAGCAACAUUUCUGUUAGAGAAACUACUGGUAGCCUUAACUGAUCUUGAGCUAUACAGAGCUAAGGUGCAGCACUAUAAAGAUGAAAGGAAGCAGGGGAAUCCUUGCAUAUGGCCAAAAUUUGAAAUGACUGAGGAGCAACAGAGUCUUACAGACAAUGUGUUUACCAUGUUAAGUAAGAUGAUUGAGAAUGCCAAAGUUUCAGCAUCUGGUCGAGAUAACGUUAUUGAACUCAUCAUCAAAUAUAUCACCAGGGAAACAGGACUACACUGGACAAGAAAAUUCCUAGAUACAGAGGGAUUGGAUGGUUUGUUAGCAGUGGCAUCAGCCAUUAAACAGCAUGAGACAUGUACCUUAACUAUCUCUGAUUCCACCAAGAUGCAUUCCUCUGUUUGUAUGUCCAAAAUCUAUGAUGAUCUUAGAAGUGAUAAGGAGAGAGAUUUGUUUAAAGAAAAAUGUAGCCAGUUCUUCAAAGAACUGUUUAGUGAUGACCUAUAUGAAUCUAAAGUUGAGGCCAUUAAGGCAGUAUCUACUUUAUUACAGGGUCCAUAUGAAGUAGGGAAUGUGAUACUGAGUUUUGAAGGUGUAACUGAUAUCAUGUUACAUUUAGCCAGCAGUAAAAAUCCGCUACAUCAGCAAGUAGCCGUAGAAGCUAUUGUUCAUUCUGCUUCAAAGAAGGACAAGUGUACUGGCCUACUGGCGAAGGCUGUACCAUUGUUACAACAGUUAAUCAAAGAAGCAGACGACCAGGUCAAAGUUCGUGCACUUGUGGGUUUAUGUAAAUUAGGAUCAGCGGGAGGGUCUGAUGCCAGUGAUAAACAGCUAGCAGAAGGUUCCACAAUGACAUUAGCCAAAGUUUGUAGAAAGUUUUUAGUUAAUCCAAGUAAGGACAUAGAAAUUAGGAGAUGGGCAACAGAAGGAUUAGCAUACCUGACUUUAGAUGCUGAUAUCAAAGAAGAAUUGGUUAACGAUACCCCAGCAUUGAAAUCCCUUAUAGAAGUCACUACAGCCUCAGACAAAAAUGUGUUGUACCCAGCAGCCACUGUAUUUGUCAAUGUAACGAACAGUUACGAUGUUAAGGAUGUAGAACCAGAGUUGGUGGAACUCGCCAAGUUUGCCAAACAACAUGUACCUGAAAAACAUGAUUUGGAUAAACCAGAACAUAUUAAAGCGAGAGUUCACAAAGUAGCAGAAGCUGGAGUAUGUAGUGCUUUAGUAGCUUUGUGUAACACAGAUAGUAAGGCUAGCAGAGAAUUAAUCAGCAGAGUAUAUUUAGCUAUAGCAACAGAAGAAGAUCUGAGAGGACUUAUUGUACAACAAGGAGCAGCAAAGGCUUUGCUGAAGUUAGCCAUAGAGAACAAUACAGAGAAAGGACUAAUCAAAGCAUCACAUGCCUUAGCUAAACUUUCUAUCACCAUGAACCCACAGACAACUUUCCCUGGUCAAAGAAUGUAUGAAUUAGUGAGACCAUUGUUAAGCAUUUUACAUUUAGAAUGUACAGCAUUAGAGAAUUUUGAAGCAUUGUUAGCACUCACAAAUUUGUCAUCGAUUAGUGAAUCUGUCAGGAAAAGGAUUCUUGCAGAGAAAGGAUUUUCAAAGAUAGAGCAUUACAUGUUUGAAGAACAUGAGUUAUUAAAGAGAGCAUCCACAGAGUGUAUGUGCAAUUUGGUCAUGAGUGAUGAGGUUGUAAAAUUAUUUGAAGGAGAGAACGACAGAGUUAAGUUAUUGGUAUUAUAUUGUGGUGAUGAAGAUGACCCAUUACUUGUCAGGGCUGCUGCAGGAUCCCUAGCUGUCCUGUCACACAGUGAAAUAGUGUGUAAAAAAGUACUAGAGGUCAAACCUCAUAUGGAAAUGCUGCAGUCUCUUCUUGUGAAUGAGAAUGUAGAAAUCCAGCAUCGAGGAUGUUACAUCAUGGUAAACUUGAUUAAUUCUAACAAAGAAAUAGCUGAAAAAUUGUUAGAAGGACAAAUGUUAGAAAUUCUAAUGGCUAUAUCAAUUCUUAAUGAACCCGAGCGACAGCGUGCAAAAGAACUUUGUGUACAAUGUUUGAAAAAGGCAGAGGAGUACGGAAUUAUCAAGCCAAAUAAGUAAUUCAGAGACGAUUUUUUGUUUGACAAAAAUCAUGACAUAAACUGUUUCAUUUUCAAUGUAGACUUAUUUAACUUCCUGGUUUGAAAAUAUGUCUGUUUUAAUGAUACCUAAUUUUUUUGUUUUUAGUUUAGGAUGUUACAGAAUUAAAUGUGUAUGGGGCAUGGGAGGGCUUUUUUAAAACCCCAACAGCCUAUAUUAUAAAGGUUUCAUUAAACUCAUAAUUCCUACAAAAUUCUAAGGCAAACACCCAUUAUUAUUAAUUUGAGGGCCUCCCAUCCCCUCACCACCCAGCAAUCAUGAAUUUUGGAACAGAUUUAGUUCCUUUGAUUUGCUAUCAGGAGCUAUUAUAGCAUUCUAAUUUAUGAUUUAUCUCUUUUGAAUUGCCUAAAGUUAGGUUCAUCAUUCUGGAAAUGAGCUUGGUGAGGCCUAUCAAAAAAAAAAUGGUUGUUCCUUCAUUUUGACUCUGCACAUAUUCAUGUAACAUGCAGAAUCAUUGCAUGCAUUAUGUAUAGCAAAUAUGACAAAUUUUUGACAAAAUAUCAUACAUAUCAUUUGACAUUUUUAAUCAGGGCCAACACAACGCACGUUCUACAUUGAAAUAGGCAGUGAGCCUUAGGGAAAUUGAAAUGUAGAAAACAGUUUUAUUUCAUUUUCAUAUUAAAUUCAAUCUUCUUUCUAUGGGUUCAUAUGGCUAUUACACCCAAGGGAGGUAACUUGGAAGUCUUAAGUAUUCAAAUGUCUUAAAAUAAUUGUGAAAUAAAAGCUAGAAGUGAUUAUUUCCGGAGAAAACUUAAUAUAUAUAAUAACUUCAUCUGAUUAAAUGGGAAAUCACAUUCACCAUUAAUCAACAUGUUGUUUAUAAUAAAAAAAAUAUCCAACUGGUCGGAACCAGUUCAAACUAUGGAGAACUGGCCGUUUCAGAAUCUUAAGGAUCAUGGGUAAUUUCAUUGUUUGUACCCCAAAAUGAAAAUAACGUCACGUCAUGGGUUGAAUUUUCAUUGUUUAUGAUGUUUUUAACCAAUCACGACAUUCUGGUGUACACUUUUGCAAAUAUUACCCAGAAUGCAUUAGAUUCUGAAAUGGCGAAUUAGAGAUAUAUUUGAAUUUUUAUUGUUAGCUAGAUUUGUAAAGUUAUCUUCAUCCCUUAUUUUUAUUCUCCCAUUUCAUAUUUGAACCUGUUUAAAACAGGUGGUCAUAUUUGGUGCUUAAGUUCUGUUUUAUACUAUAUACACAGGGUGAUAGUGCAAUGAGAAAGAAAUCACUCAGAUUUUAAAUGCUAAUAGUAGUGGAAAAAUCAAAUGCUAGAAUUAAGUCAGGUGAUGUUUAUACCUACUGAAUAUUCAUAGAAGCUUAAUAAUAUACAAGGAUCAUUGUGUAAUUUUUUUUUUAUCAGGAUGUGUUAGUACUUUUGUAUACUAUAAUGUUUUAUGUGUGUAUUAGUUUAUAUAGAAUCAUUAGGGUGAUAAUGUUAUCUAUUUGUUUGUUUACUUGUUUGAAUGAUCUGAAAUAAUUUUUUUUAAUUGACUAUUAUGGUCAAAAGAAAGUUUUUUUAUUACUACUUAUUAGAUUUUAGUUUCAUCAAUUACUGUAAAUUCAGAAAUUAUUGUGAGCAUUUAUUAUGGAUAUUGUCGAACUAUAGACUACUUUCAAAUUUGUGCACUUUCCGUACCUUUCCCAUGUCACAAUGUCAUAGACACAAUGCUUAUCUUAUUACAUCACAGUAAGAACCGAUUGUUCAAUAAUGUCAUUCACACCUCAUUCAUAAAAAACAACUCAAGAUUGGUGUAUGGACACAAAUGCAACAUUAAUUAUAGGGAUUUCAGAAAAUGGUGAUUAACUAUUGAAAUUAAAAAAUGCUAGUUUUUAUUUUUGCAAAACUUUAUCUUUGUUGUUAAAAUCAGUGUUAAGAUUCUGCAUAUUUCUGCAUAAACUGUUACCCUGCUUUGACAGUAAAGGAUAAUGUAAUGCAUAUUUUGUUGCAAACUGUAUCCUUGUUUUGACACAUAGGGGUUUGAUAUGUAUACUGUGUAUUUCUCUGUUACCCUGCUUUGACAGUAAAGGAUAAUGUAAUAGAUAUUUUGUUGCAAACUGUAUCCCUGUUUUGACACAAAGGAGUUUGAUAUGUAUACAGUGUAUUUCUGUAUUCAUGCUAUGGCAGGUGUAGAAUAGAAUGAGUGAUGUAUUUAUAUGUGCCAAAAUGUGUUUGAUAAACAAGAGUAUAUUUCUUAAAAAAUUAAAAUUAUUAAAACUA